GGACGCGAGGCCAGGACUUUGCAAACGUCCCUAGCUGAUCGAGGAGGCUCGAGGCUGCGGGAAGGCUACCGCAGAACGACAGAUCCCGCGUGUGCAUUCUCCUAGACCUCCUCUACGAAGCCUAACCUCAGAGCAUCCCGCCGCGCAUCGCCCGCCCCGGAGUUGGCCGCUAGAAAGCUGUGGCCCCUCGGUCCGGAUCCCGCGUCCCGAGAAGCCGGGAGAGCCACGGUGCCGGGGGCGGGCCGGGCGGCGGGAUGAGCUGGCGAGCAGGCUGAGUGCGCCGAGGAGCCGGUCCAGCCACCGAGGGGGACAUGGCAUCUUGGCUCUGGAGAAAGCUGCGUGGCAAGAGGCGGCUGGUGAUGGCAUUCUGUCUCUUAAUGGCUCUGUCUGUGGUGGCUGUCACCCGCUUCCCUCCGCAGCACCCAGCCACCAGCCCAGACCCUGGUCCCAUGGAGCCCCAGCGGGUAACUGGUGCCCCUGCCCCCCAGAGCAGGCAGGCUCUGAGCUCCGGCUGGAGGCAGCGGGCAAGAAACUUGAGGUUCCGGAGAGGCUGGGCCUUGCCUGGGAGCUCCAUCCUGGUGUGUGCUGAGGAGCAAGGCCACGGAGGGAGCGUGGACAGCAGGCGUCCAGGGAGGGUCAAGAGGGGCAUUACUUUGGCGCCUCCAGGAGAUUUGAGACUCAGUACCCAGCAUCUGGUGCUCCUGAGGGAAGAUGAGGUCAGGGGUCCAGGAGCCAAAGACCUGGACCUCCCCUGGCACAGUGGUCCCCUCUGGGAGGCACAGAGUGAGACGGGCACCCCAUAUGGCCCCCUCGCAGGACACAACAUGGCAGCAUUACAGACUUGGAGAGCUACUGCUGGACCGACCCUCCGGCCUCAUCCAGCAGAAGGCGGGGAUCUGCCAGGAGUGAGGAACAGAGCCUUGACUGGUGGACGACAAGCAGGGGGUCCCGCCCCGGCCACGGGGGCUCAUCAGUGGCCUGGCUCUGUUGGGGAGCUGCACGGAUCUGUGUGGUGUGACGCUGAGACCCCCAGGCUGUCGAGUGGCUUGAGGACCAGCGAGCAGGUGCCCCCGUGGCUCACAGAGCAGGAUGUGCAGACCCUCCAGCUGCUGGCGCAGGGGCAGGUGGUGGGCAAAGCCAGGGUCCCUGGCCACGGGCAGGUGCUGCAGGUUGGCUUCUCCGCCAAGGGUGCCCUUCAGGACCUGUCUCCGGGGCUCAGCCACCUCUGCUCCCAGGGGCUCUGUGGCCUGAUCAAGAGGCCUGGGGACCUGUCUGAGGUCCUGGCCUUCCACGUGGACCGUGUGCUGGGGCUGCGCCGGAGCCUACCUGCCGUGGCCAGGCGCUUCCACAGCCCCCUGCUGCCCUACCGCUACACGGACGGUGGCGCAAGGCCCGUCAUCUGGUGGGCACCCGACGUGCAGCACCUGGGUGAUCCAGAUGACGACCAGAACUCGCUGGCCUUGGGCUGGCUGCAGUACCAGGCCCUGCUGGCACGUGACUGCAGCCAGCCGGACCAGGCCCCAUGCCUGGGCAUCCACCAUGCCGAGUGGGCACGCCUGGCACUCUUCGACUUCCUGCUGCAGGUCCACGACCGCCUGGAUCGCUACUGCUGCGGCUUCGAGCCCGAGCCCUCGGACCCCUGUGUGGAAGAGAGGCUCCGAGAGAAAUGCCGGAACCCGGGGGAGCUGCGGCUGGUCCACAUCUUGGUCCGGAGCAGUGAUCUCUCUCAUCUGGUCUACAUCGAUAACGCCGGCAACCUUCAGCACCCGGAGCACAAGCUGAAUUUCCGGCUGCUGGAGGGCAUCGACGGGUUUCCUGAGUCUGUCGUGAAGGUUCUCGCAUCAGGGUGUCUACAGAAUAUGCUGCUCAAGUCACUGCAGACAGACCCGGUGUUCUGGGAAAGCCAAGGCGGGCAACAAGGCCUACAGCGGGUCCUCCAGACCCUGGAGCGGCGAGGACAGGUCCUGCUGAGCUACAUCUGGACGCACAACCUGACACUCUUCAGGGACGAGGGCCCGUAAGCCCCCCACGGUCUGGGCGGGACUCUCACCUCACUGCAGGGGGAAGAAGGGGGGGGGCAUCUCGCGACAUGACCUGAGUGGAUAAGUGCCCAUCCUCACGGCCACAUUUUCUUGGGUUCACCCGUCUUGAAGACAAAAGGGAAAAGCCAGAAAUCAGGAGGGCACCAUGGAUUCCACAGGACGUGUCAUCUGCUUGGGAUGGUGGAGGAGGUGGUGGGUGUUGGGUUUUCAGUCUCUUCACAUUCUUUUCUGCCUGCUCAGCUCUGGCUGCUUACUCCCUUGCACCAAUAAAUACACAAGAAUGUUCUA